AUGUUCUCAUCGGCCACCAACUCGUCCUUCUCCAGCGACACCGACAACAGCCAGGACUCCCGCAUGUCCACGGGCGGCGGGAGCAGCUCUGGCGGCGACUUCCUCUCGCUGCCCAGCGGCGCGGAGGUCAUCACUCCGACCACGGUAAGUGUCAGUGCGCCCCCCCUCCCCUCGGGCCCCGCCCCCGCGGCCGCGGGUGCGUCGCGGGGCGUGUGA